AGUAUAAAUAUCAUACAGAUGUAGGAGGAUUGCAAACAAAAUCAAUGUCAGCUUAAUGUGUGGACUAAUAUUUGAUCAAAAGUGUGUUUGGCAACAGCUUGCGAGCUAUAAAACUACCCAACCCUGAAAUAUAACUAUUGCUUCAGAUCUAUUGUUCAUCAUAAUUAAAGAUAUAUUAAACAGUCACACAGAAAGUGCUCGCCUUUGUCCCUGCAUUGCAGCCAUAAACAAUCUACUCUUAAUCAACUUGAUAGACACCUGGUACUCUCCUAAACUUUUGUAAAUUUCACUUUUAGCAGUUUGAUCAAUAAAGGCCCUGAAUACAUCUUCCACCAACUAUAUAAUAAAGAUACACAGUUAAUAGAAAUAUCAAAAUUUGCAUCACGUGAGACACCAUUUGAAUGUCACCUCCUCUCUUUCUCUGUUCAUCUCUUUCUUUCAAUCUCUCCCUUUCUCUCUUUCUUUCUUCUCUCUCUCUCUACACCUAUCCUCUGGCCUACUCCUUCCUCCCCUGCUGUCUAUCUCCUCACCCUAACUGUGUGUGCUGUCAAUAAUUGAUGAUCCUUACUGACUCAAAGGGUAACUGGUCUGGGAGAAAAUGUCUCACCCACCAUUUCUUUAUUUAUUUACUAGUCUAUCUUCAAGCUCCGCCAGUCUGAGAAACCAGCAGCAAAGUAUUUGUCCGAGCACCGAGGGUCGAUGGCAUGGAGCAGCCUGACCGUGUCCGUUUUAUAGGUCAUGGUAGUUGCUACACCUGUGACCAUGAGUGGGUUAAUGCUGCCUGUUUGGCUGACAGCAGGACAGAGGGAGGAAAGGGAAGCUUAAAUGAGCGAGAGGCAGGGGGCAGAGAGGAGGAGGAGUGACAGAAUGACAGAGUGAAUUAAUUCAACCUUAGCCAGCCCUGAUUGACUCCGUGGAGAACUGGCAUGUACAAACAUUCACAGUGACACUGAAGCCAUGGAGAGAGAGAAGAGGAAUGACACGUCCUUCUCCAGAAAGAGAAGUUUCACUUUUGGGGCAUAUGGAAGUGUGGACAGAUUCACAUGUGGGGAUGAGACAAGACCUGAAUCUGUAGAGGACAACAUACUGAACAUCCUGGACUCUCCUGCCACUGAGAACAAGCCUUUCCUCUCUGCCAGCAGCAACCAGAGGGAGACGGAGCUGUUUGAAAUCAUUGAAAAGCUGCAGGGCAGCAGGAUCGAUGAGCAGCGGUGUGAAUUCCCUCUACCUCUGAAGUCUCAGCUUUUAACGAUAGGUGGAGAACUGCCGCUCAUCCUCCGCUCAAAGUCCGGGGGCUACUGGAUAGACCCUCCUCUGGAGAGGCUUGUAGAUGUGAGUCUCACCUCUUCUUCCCCUCAUGGCCUCGUUCCAGAGAGCUACGACAUCAUGGAGAGAGAUGGUGAUGCCAAAAUCUACCACAAGUUCUUCCACUCAAGAUACCAUCACUCCUUCACAGCGGUGGAUCUGUCUUUGGGGCCGCUGGUUCUCUCUGUGUGUUUGGAGGAAGAGGAGAAUAAACUACGGGUGAUACUAAGAUUGAAGGAGUGCUCUCUGCAUGGAGUUUUCUCUUUGUCUCUUUUCUCCAACAUCCCAUCUGCAGUUGAAUUAGCAAAGAUGCUCUGUGACAAAGUGACUGUUUCAAAGUUUGAAGUGGUCAGCUACCUCAAGGCUCCAGAACUAAUAACUGCUUUUGAUGAGCACAGAGUGUCUCCUAAUUUCAAGUUUGGUAUAUUGUACCAAAAAGACGGGCAGUUCACUGAGGAGGACAUUCUCAGUAACAAUGAGGAAAGCGAAGAGUUUAAAGAGUUCCUGUCUAUUUUGGGAGAGACAAUUCAGCUGCAAGGCUUUACUGGGUUCAGAGGAGGUCUGGAUGUGUGUCAUGGCCAGACAGGAAGUGAAGCAGUCUUCACUUCCUUUCACGACAGAGAAAUCAUGUUCCAUGUCGCAACUAAACUGCCUUUCACAGAGGGUGACCCACAGCAGUUACAACGAAAAAGACACAUUGGUAACGACAUCGUAGCUUUGGUCUACCAGGAGGGCCAAACGCCGUUUCUAUCUGAUGUUAUCAAGUCCCACUUCCUGCACUGUUUCCUGGUGGUCCGGAGGAUUCAGAGGGAGGAGGACACAGGUGAAGCUGCGUACCAGGUGUCUGUCACAGCCAGAGAGGAUGUUCCUCCCUUUGGUCCGGUCCUCCCUGAUCCUCCCAUCUUCACAGACUGCUCCCUACUGAGAGAAUUCCUUCUGACCAAGCUCAUCAACGCAGAGAUUUCCUGCUAUAAGGCCGAGCGAUUCAGCAGACUGGAGCUCCGCACUCGUUCGUCACUCCUGGAGAGCUUGCGGGCUGAACUCUCCACCCGUUCGAAAUGCAUGAUGGAGGAUCCAUCACUGUCUGCUCUCCCGACUACUGAGGGUGUGCGGGGAGCGUCUGAAGGGAGCGGAGGUUUUAUUGAAAACUUUAAGAGAGCCAUCAGAGUGCGGAGCCACUCUUUUGAGACUCUUGGAGUGCCCAGGAAGAUUGGUGGUGUCGCAUCACAGAAGCCAAAGACAGAGAAAGAUGGAGAGAGCGACAAACCUCCAGGACCUCUGCCCACUGACAGUUUGGGAGCAACUGAACCCAAAGAUCAAGCGAGUCCUCAAGAGGAGACAUAAAAGCAAAGCAAUGUUCAUUUGUAGAUUUUAGAUGUUAAUAUACAUAUAGACAUCACUAGCCUAUAUGUUUACUACCUUAUUAUCCUGGUGGAUGACUUAUAUAUGUAAAUAGAGAGUAAAAGUAAAUAGUAUUUCUGCAAAAAUAAUUAUUUUACUGUCAUAGCAGGGACAUUUUAGAUUAAUUAAAAUAUUUUGAAUUGUAUUUCAGUGAAAUGUACAACAUAUACAACUGACAAGAAAGGCUAAAAGGAAACAAUGAGUUAAGUGUUCUGUCAUUAAAAAUGACAAAGUUUA